UUCAUUGCCAACAACUUCAAUGUCUGAAAACGCAGAUUUGCAGUCUUCUGAAGAACUUGAGAGUAAUGGUUUGUUAUUCUUCAGUUUCACAGAUUAUAAAACUACACUUAAAUUUAAAUUGUAACAUGGGUGUAGUGUAGUAUUAGUAUGAGUAUAAUAAUUAUAUUAUACAGGGUGGGCCAAUAAAAGUGAGAACAUCUUGUAAAAUAGUACGCUACGAAUGUUCUCACUUUUAUUGGCCCACCCUGUAUAGUAUAUUAAAUUAAUUAUAUAGGCCGAGCCUACUACUAUAUAAACUAUACUAUAAAAUUAAGCCUAAGUAAGCCCUAGUCGUAGGCGUAGCCCUAAGCCUACCUAUUCUAUUCGCCCAUUUCAAAUUCAUUUGACUGAAUUGUUGUCAAAUGUUAUUAUUGGUAUCAAUCAGAUUCAAUCAUGAUUGAAAAUUGCAGAUUAGUAAAUAAUAGUUUUCGUAAAAAUUGCUAGUUUAGAAAAUUUCUUAAAGAUUUACCAAGAUGUUUGAUAAUGAUAAUGUGUUAGCCUUACUGAAGACUUAAGCCAAGUCUUCUAUUAAGUCACUUAAGAAAGUGGAAUUACUGAAAAUGCUUUACUCUUACUCUUGGUCUUAACAAUACAAAAAUCAGAAAAUGAGUGCAAUUAAUUAACGCAGCCGACUGCGUAUAACCCUGAGAGUUAUACGCAGUCGGCAAGUCACGUGAGGUCUAUAUUCUUCCUGUGUUACAUUAUCAAUCAAUAAGGGUGCCUCGUUAUCGAGGUGACGGGUGGUCGAAUGGUACAAACUGACCAUACCUCAAGUUGGUGGUCUUGAGUUCAAUUCCAGCCAAAGGCCAGCCAUGAAUACGUGUUAGUUGCUAUGUUUUUUCCUCGAGAAUGAAGCAAAAACAACUAGGCUUAUUGUUUUACUUUUGUUUUGGAUAAAAAAUGUUAAAACAUGAGAAGAAUUAUUAACUUGACCAAUGUAAUGUUAAUAAUGUUAUUCUUAUAAUUAUAAAAUAUAUGUUUGUGUUUUUAACAUUAACAUAUAUUAUAUAUUUUGUGUUGUUAACUAAUUUUGUGGCAGAUAAAAUCAUGUUUCUCUGGUACAGUAAUAAAUAUAAUCAUGGGUUGAAAGUAGCAGUAAAAAAAUCGCUGUAGGGGCAGGGCUUCUGUAGAGGGGGCACUGUAAGUAAUACUUUUGACACAGUUAUAGUUUUGCAUGGAAGCUGAAAACUGUUACAUUUAGGUCAUCAAAAAAAAAUCAUAAAUGCUAUAAUUUUUUAAAAAAUAAAUAGAAUGUAUUUCCUGAAUUAGUCAGUAAAACCAACCACAUGGUCAUAGCAACAUAUAAAAACCUAAUCAAUCAAAAUACAUAACUAGACUUAGACCGCGUUAGGCUUAGACUCUAAGAAAUGUAGACUUUGACUUAUACUUAUAAUUAUAAUAUAUAAGAUACAAGCAAUAAUACUAAUAAUAGCACUAAUACUAAUACUAUUGCUAUCAUCAAUUUCAAUAUUAGUUAAAAUUAAUUCAAUUAAAAUUUUAUGUUAAACACAUAAAAAGUUCUAGUUCAAAACAACCCAUCAUGCGGCUCAUUACGCAUAAUACUUUUUUUAAAAUUGCCAAACUAGCGAUUGAUAAACCUUAUUUGGCUAAAUUCCUAGCCGACUGCGUAUAACCCUGAGAGUUAUACGCAGUCGGCUGUGAAUAACCCUCAGGGUUAUGCGCAGUCGACUGCGCAUAACUCUCAGGGUUAUGCGCAGCCGACUGCGUAUAACACUUCCCAUUAAUUAAGCCUUAGGUUUGAUACAAUUUCAUCCUUCUAUCUUUUAUAGAAGUAGAAGUGGAGUUUUUUGUCGAAUUUUUAUGCCACUUAUUCUUAUAUUAUCUAUAUAUUUCACCCCUAAAACGUGUGACCCAAAUUUCACAUUACUGCAUUAAUUUGCCCACAACAUUUUUAUUUUUAAAGAUAAUUGCGACAAAUUUUCAGGAGACAUGUAAGGCGGGCCGUAAUACUUAAUGAAAAACUUGUGCGGGCAUUAAUAUUUUAUGAAAAGCUUUUGCGGGCUGAAAGAUAAUAGGACAGGGGGAAAGCUAUUAAGAAAAUAAAAAUAAUGAAGAAUAUUUUGUUACUUUGCAAGCCACCAAGUCAUUAUUAAAUAAUAUAAAUAUGUAGCCGUGUGCUUGGUGAAAGAACAGCGGACAGUUUUAAAAUAUACACUCAAUAAAUUCAGGUCUUGAGGACUAUAGCUUUAUUUGGUUCUAUAAAAAAUGCCAAAGUAAAAUCUUAAGAAAAUGUCUAAAGAAAAAAGACAAUACCUGAAAUGACACAAAUAGUACAGAUUAGCAUUGUCCUGACUAGGAUUGAAUUACACAGCUAACAAUAAAUAAUGUUAAAUAACGUAGUGUAGCAAAGUGAGUGGUAAGGAACAAAGCUGAAAGUUUUACUAAUAUACAAUAAAAAAAUUCAGGUCUUGAGGACUAUAGCUUUAUUAUAAAUUUUGCCAAAGAAAAUGUAGUAAAAAGGGAAAGUCUAACUCUAAAGAAAAAUGCUGAAGAAAAAGCUUAAGAAAAGUCUAAGGAAAAAGCUAAAGAAAAAGGAAAAUAUCUGAAAAGAAACAAAUAGUACAGGUUAACAAUGUCCUGACUAACAUUGAAUUACACAGCUAACAAUAAACAUGUUGUGGCAAAAUUUACUUAACUAAGAAUAGUGUAAUACAUGUUACACAAAGGGCAAUUAAAAUUAUUAAAUUAAAAUAAUUUAAUAAUUUUUAAUAAUAAAAGUAAUCACGUGGCAGUGUUUAACAUGUAGGAUGUACAUCGGCUUACAUGCAGAAUCAGUGUGAGAUGUGAGGGCUAAUAUAAAGGUGUAGAAAUUACUGUGGUACUUUGUCCAUGCAAGGUGUCUAUAUAUUAUGAUGCCCCCAUUGCCGGAAAAGUACUACAGUGGUAUACCGUUAGUUUGAUACAUAUUGUAUCAAUCAAUCGCUGUUUCUUCUGGUAAUAUUAUCCUAACACAUGCACCAAUUCCUACGCGAGAAUUUAGCACAUGGUGGAAUAGUUAGCCUACUACACAUAUUUUACGUAUAUUUGCUGGUCGGAUACUGUUGUAUCAAUCGCUUUUAAGCACUUUGCAGUAUGUGUAACCAGAAAGAUAUAACAGUUGGUUUUAUGCUCACAAACACACUGGUAUCUAAUUCUAUUUAAUAAUUCACUGUACAGCUGUAUGUUCAACCUUCAAAAUAGCAUGGUUAUAAGUCAAUUGGACAGCUGUAUGUUCAACCUUCAAGAGAGCAUGGUUAUAAGUCAAAUUAAAAGCUCUAGGUUCAACCUUCAAAAUAUCAUGUUUAUAAGUCAAUUUGCUGGCUUUAGGUUCAACCUACACAAUAUCAUGGUUAUAAGUCAAUUGGCUGGCUUUAGGUUCAACCUACACAAUAUCAUGGUUAUAAGUCAAUUUGUAUAAGUUAAAUAGAUAUUGUAUAAGUUAAAUAGAUAUUUGUGUAGCAUCCCAGCCAUGUUAAUCCAAAGACGCCUCCGCUGGCUUGGACACAUCAAGCGAAUGCAACCUGGUCGCAUACCAAAGGACGUGCUAUACAGCGAGCUGGCGACAGAGAAAAGGUCAGUUGGACGGCCUCGUCUGAGAUACUUAGACAUGUGCAAAAGAGACAUGAAGUCGGCCAACAUCGACAUCUCAAACUGGGAGGAGCUGGCAGAGGAUCGAUCCUCAUGGCGGGCAUCGUGAAGGCAGGAUCACUACAUGCCGAGGAGCAAAACAGGGUGGAAACAGCUGCAAAAAGAGCAAGGAGGAAGGCCGGUAAAUACUGCUCCACCGCAUUCGUGUGUGGGAAAUGUAACAGAGACUGCCAUUCGAGGAUUGGUCUCACCAGCCACACCAAGAGUUGCAAGCAAUAAAGAUAAUCUAUCGUCUCCCGCAGAUGGAAAGAUGCCAUACAUACAAGUGAAUUGGACAAGUGUAGGUUCAUCCUACAUUAUCCCAUGGUUAUAAGUCUAUUUGACAAGUGUAGGCUCAUCCUACAUAAUAUCAUGGUAAUAAGUCUAUUGGAUGGCUGUAGGUUCAUCCAUUAAAGUAUCAUUGUUAUAAGUCUGAACAGAAAACCUCCAUUAUUACCACCUAAAAAAUGAAUUGUACAAACAUAGAAAUAUAAAGACGCAUUUGCUUUAAAACUUUGAAUGCAAAUAACUUAUUAGUGCACCCAUUGUAAGAAGGGUCACAUGGACAGACCAGAGACCAUGUACGUCACGCAAAGACCAAGGUGGUCUACUACUUUCCCUCUGGCAGAUUUUCUGUGGUGAAAUGACUAUUCCCAGCAACUUCAAAGUGAAUAAAAGUUUAAAUCCCGCACCAACACCCUAAAGACCUAUAUGCAUAUAUACGUACCCUGUCUCAGCUAUUCAAGAUAGACUUUAAAAUUUGUAUAAGUUAAAUAGAUAUUUUAAAAAGAAGUGGUUGGGACUCCUCAUAGAUGAAUGUAAAACUUCCUUUAUUACUAACUGUUUUAAUGCUCUCUAAAAAAUGUGGAUAUUCAAAUAUAGGCCUACUGUUGUAAAGAUAAUAAAAUCCCCUUUCCAACAAGAUGUAUUUAUAAAAAAAAUACCCAAGGGUUCCGGAGAAAUAAAUUAUUAAACAUAUCCCAAAAGCACACAUUGAGGUUUCCCAAAUCUAAGCAAUAUACACAUUGGAGGUAACAACAUUGUGUAGUACAUAACCCUGAGGUCAAAGUCCACAAUUCAGUUUCGUAAAGGUGCCGUCUGCCCUGCCACAAAUAUAACAAUACGAUGUGCAGACCUAUCAAUAAAAACAACAAAUAAUAUAAAUGGCUUCUUAAGACAUAUGAAGAUGAUUUUAAAACCACAUCAAUAUUUAAAUAUUUUUUUUGUUGCUGUCCAUAAUGAAAAAUAAUGUCAAUAUUGUUACACAUCAACUCUAACCUUUACAUUAUUUUAUUUUUAAUAAUCACUUAAAAUUUGCAUCUGAUACAAUCAAUUUUAAUUUCAUUCACAAAUUGUAUUGCUGGCAUAUUGUAAGUAACUGGACAAGUUUCAAAGAAUUACAAACGUAACCUAUUGAAAAUUCAAUUACAUUUUUCAACAGAGGGCUGGUACAUCUUGACCAUUCUUGUUAUGUGACCAGACUAUCUUAGAUGAACCUGGCCAUAAACCCAGUAUAGUGGUGAACAACCUGUAGGUCAAGAUAACCAUAUUUGUAACCAGAGCGUAUUAUUGACAUCAGUGAUUUUCAAUCUUUAUUUCUUUGAUGGACCAGUGGAAAUAGGAGAUAUAUUUCCUUCGAUGCUGAGACAUAAUUAAAAACUUUUUUUUUUGAUGUGUAGACCUAUUCAUUUUUAUUUAAUAUCAUGAAAUGGCAAUCCAUAAUCAUUUAGUAUUAUCAAAAACUACUCUGAUUCCUGAUGAGUCUUUCUUAACUCCUUGUUCUCUCUUAAUUUAUCUUUUUUCACCUUUCUGUUAGGCCUUCUCCACCCCACCACAAUUGUUUAUUCACUUUCAGAUAUUAAUAUACUACUGAUAAUGGAAUUAUUGAUGAUAAAACUGAUUGACAUUUACUGCUUCUUUCAUUCUCACAGAAGAACAUUUUAAUAAUACAAAUGCCAAUAAAUCAACAAUAGAAAAUGAAGAAAUUAGCCAGAGUGAAGUAAGCGAAAAGCAAGUUGAAGCUGAAGAGGAAACAUCAGAGGCAGAACAAGAAAUUAUUGUUGGAGAUAUAGAUGAAAAAAAGGGUUUGUUACUGAUUUUAAUUCUUUUUUUAAAAACUGGAACAAAAUUAUUAACCCUUUCAUUACGGCUGGUUUUGGGCCAUCGAUUUUUUAGCUGACUCAGCAAUUUAAAAAACUUAAGAAACUUGGGGUAUUUUUCAUUCUCUAUCUGAUUCACUUAUUAACUUCUCUAUAGAUUAACAAAUAAAGAAAUAUAUAGCAUUGAAAUAUGAUGUCGACGUGACAUCCUUGGUAAUUGAAAGUGGGUGAUCGUGACGUCGCAUCGACAUCAUCGGUAACGAAAAGGUUAAAAAGUACUAUAACGUUUUUAUUUUAUGGGAUCUAUUUAAUUUAUAUUCAAGGAACUUCGAACUGAGCAUUUUUCUCAUAACUUUAUGAACCAGAUAUAUCCAUUUUGCCACCAUCCUGGUGAUAUUAUUGCUAGCUUUAUUCAUACUAUGUUUUGUAUGUUCACAGUUUCAUUAAAAUUUGUGUAACCUCACAUAUUUAGGAUAUUUGCAAUCUCAUCUGUCAUGCUUUUAGUUUCAUUAAGUUAAAGCUUAAAUAUACUUCAUUUUAUGUGUCAAUUUCGAACCUAUUGAUAAAAUAUUAUAAGAACCUUUGUAUCUUUACAGAAUUAAGUAAAGAACAUGAAGAUGAAAUUUCAAAUAAAGGAGAAAUUGAUGUGCAAUAUGUACAAAAUGAAAAGUUAGAGUAUGGUAAUAAAGAAGAAGACGGUGUGAGUGUUAAAGAAGAAGAUGAGGAGGAAGAAGAAAAAGUUGAUGAAGCAGAGAAUAAUGAGGGAGAAGAAUAUGAUGUUGAGAAAGAUGUCUCAGAAGAUGAGAAAAGUAUAGAAGGUAAUUCAACAUUCUUCUCCUUUUCUAUGUUCUAGGAAUAAAAUAUGUUGUUUCAUAACAUCAGUAACUUGGUAACUAAGGAAAUGUUCAAGAAAUACAUUGAAGGGAUGGUAGAAGGGAAACGAGCUCAAAAUGGUCCUAACACAUCUUCUGAAAUCUUGAUAUCCAUUUAAAUUGUGUAAUAAUUCUCUAUUAAAAUGAGAAUCUUCUGUUCAAAACAAAUUUUUUGUCUGUGUUGGUUUAUAAAUGUUACUUUUCCAAAUUUAAAAUGUUCACAGCAAAUUGAGUGAGAGAAAAAUUAAUUAGAUUGUAUACUCAAGAUUUCAUUCACAAAAUCAAAAUUUUUUUUCGUUAGUGUUUUAAUUAAUUUUAAUAUAUAUUUAUAUAUAUACAGUGGAACCUCUCAUAACGAGUUUAAUUCAUUCCAGACUCUUACUCAUUAAGUGAAACACCCGUUAAACGAAGCAAUUUUUCCCAUACAAAUCAAUGUAAAAUACGAUAAGGCGUUCCAUGCUGAAAAAAUACUAAUUCAAAAAUUUUUAUUAACAUUUAUUCAAAUAAAAUUACUUACGAAUUGUUAAGGAGUGUAACAACUUGGAAUACAAUUUAGAUUUGAAACAAAAAACUUAAAUAAAAAUAUGAAUUUAUGACAAAUAAUUAAUCCUUUUUAACUAGAAAACUGUGUAAAGACAUUUGUUUUUGCAGACGCUUCAAAAUUUGACGAAAUGUGUCACAGCAUUAUCAUUGAAUAAAUUUGUAGCACGAAUAGCCACGCUCACACCUUGUUCUCGCUUUUCAAUGAUUUUACUUUUCAUUUCAAGAGUUAUUUUUUCUCUUUUCUUGUGGUUUUUUUUUUUUCGAAGACAUUUUAGCAUAGGUUAUUACAUUUUCCACAUAAAAAAAUUACGAAUACUGUCUGAAUACAAAAUUUGUAAAAACUGGUGAUCACAUAUGAAAACAAUACGCUAACAGACCAAGUGCUAAACACAGAAUAAUGCAAUUGUUCUCAACCUUCCUAGUGCCGCGACCCUUUAAUGCAGUUUCUCGUGUCUUGGUGGCGACCCCCCAGCAACCUAAUUAUUUUCAUUGCUACUUCAUAGCUGUAAGAAUAUGUAUUUUCAGAAAGUCUAAGGGGACCCCUGGGAAAGGGCAGCGGUAUCCCCAAAGGGGUCACAACCCACAUAUUGAGAACCGUUGGACUAAUGCAUCAGCGCGGAAACCCCAGCUCACAAAUGAAUGUCAGGAAAAAGGGACUUCCCCUUCCCGCGUAACUCGUUAUGCGAAAUAUCGCUCGUUAAGGGAGCAACUUCUUCACAUUUUUUUGCUCGUUAUGCGAAUUACUCGUUAUGAGAGGUGCUCGUUAUGAGAGGUUCCACUGUAUAUAUAUAUUUUAUUAAUUAUAUAUGAGGGUGCUGGAUGGCCGAGCUGUCUAAACUGUCUCAAAGCAGCUGGCGUUCAAUCCCCACCAAAGUCAACAUCUCAAGCACGCCGAGUGGAUGGGACUCGUUAGCCUUGGACGGCAACCCAUCUAAGAGAAGGCAAACUCUGAAUGAGCCAGAAUGAUGAACAAAUUGAACGUGGGCCCCUCACAUAUAAGAAGAACUUUUAAAAUUCAAAAGUGUGACCAUUCUAAGCUUGAGAACUUUUUCAGGUCAUUCAGGGUUUUUUGAUACUUAAAAAAAGCUAGAUGAAAAGUUUUUCAAUAAAUCUAAAACAUUUUAUGGCAGAUUUGUGGGGAAAAAAUUGUCCUGGAGAAAUUCAGAUAAUAUUGUAAAUUGUAAUUGUGAAAGUGUCUUGUCUUUUUUUUUUCAACAGAAAUUUUUAAUAGAACUUAAAUUAAUUUUUUUACUUUUAUUUAACAGAAAAACUUAACCUUGAAUAAGAAAUAUAAAAGAUAUGAAUAAAUAAACACCAUUUAUUUACUGAAAAUAAUUUUUAAAAUAUUGAAAUGGUCCCAGUUGUUGUUUUUGUGUGUUAAUAUUCUUGUUUUAUUAAAUUUAGAAUUCAUAUUUAUGUUUUUAUUUUGUUUAAAGAUAAUAUUGUUAUAUAGCAAAAGCUACCCCAUAUAUAUUAAUAUUUUUUUUGAUGUAAGCCAAUCUUAUGUCUUUUUAUUUUCAUUCUAAAGCAGUAAACUAUCUAAAAAAUGUUUGUUUUUUCUGCCUUUAUGCCUUCCAUUAAUUUACCAUUUCUGUUUUAAAAAAGCUGAUAAAGUAGAGGAACCUGAGCAUCAAGAUAAGGACAAUAAAGAUAAUACUGAUAACUUGAUGCAUGAGCUGAAAAUAGAAGAAAAUGAGCAGUUUAAUGAAGGACAGGACAACACAGUCCAAGAACAGGACAAAAAAGAGGAGGAAGCUCAGUAUGGGCAUGAACAAAAUGAGGUUCUAAAUAAAGAUGAUGAAGGGAUAGAAAAAGAAGAAAAAUCUAUUAAGGAUGAUGAAGGAAUAGAAGAAGAAAAAAAUGAGCCAAAUAAGGAUAAUAAAGGGAUAGAAUUAGAACAUGAUGCAAUCAGAUUGCAAGAAGUUAACGAGCAGUAUGAAUUGGGAUACAAGGGAGAAGAACAAAAUCUGGUGGACAGCAAAGGUCUUCAUGAAGAUCUUGGAGAUGGUGAAGAUAACUCUAGUUUAGUUAUAGAAGAUGUGCAUCAACAAGGAGGUAGUUGCUUUUUUGUCAGUCUCAUGGGUGAAGGCUUUUUAUUUCAUUUCUUUUUUUUCCCAUGUGUAAAAUAACACAGCCUAACCUAAUAAUUUUAUGAAUUUAUCCAAUGAACCUUUUUCUUCUGCAUAAUCCUUUUGAAUUUAGCAGCAAACUGAUUAGUAAAAAUAUUUUGUGUAAAAGAUAGUUUAUAAUUCUCCUUUUAAUUUCUGCUGAAUAUGUCCUGAAUAGUUUUACUGUGGAAUAACCAUACUCUUUUUUUUAUGUAUAUUACAUCUAUAAUGACAUGUAUUUAACUUCCUUGCAUCAUUGUAAGUUCAACUAACCAAGUAAUAUUUUUUUUGUAAAUUAUUAUAUUUCUAUUGCUUUUAUGCUGAUAAUAAAGUUAAGUAGUUUGUGCUAUUAUUUCUAUUCUUUCCAACAGUAUAAUCUAGGAUUCUGAUGCUAGUAGCAAGCACACUACUUAUAACUAGUCAUGCAGAACAUCGUCAUCAUCAUCAUCGCCUGUCGUCCUGUCUGGGGCAUAGGCCACAAACAAAGGCUCUCCAGGCAUCCCGGUCUUGGGCAAGUCUCUCCAGCUGUCUCCAGUUCUGCCCACUCUUUUUGGUGUCUGCCUCUAGUUCCCUUCUCCAAGUCAUUUUGGGUCUACCUCUUUUUCUCUUGCCCUGGGGGUUCCAAGUGAGGGCUUGUAUUGUGAUACUUGAUGUGAGCUUUCUGAGGGUGUGGCCAAUCCAUCUCCAUCUGCGAUGGCAGGCUAACACUUCCACUGGUUCUUGUUGUGUGCGCCGCCAGAGAUCCUCGUUGGUGAUGACGUUUGGCCAACGGAUUCAGAGAAUCAUUCGGAGAAAUGAGUUGAUAAACGUCUGUAGCUUUUUUGAACCAGCUGCUGUUGUUCGCCAUGUAUCUGCUUCAUAUAGCAAGACAGGUUUCACUGUGGUGUUGAAUAUCCUGACCUUGGUCUGGAGGGUCAAGUUGCUGCAGCUCCAGACUUUUUUUAGCUGGUUAAAAUGCAGCUCUUGCCUUGCCAAUUCUCACUCUUCUGUCGUAUGUCAAUGAUGCUGCCAAGGUAUGUAAAGCUAUCCACCUCUUCAAGGUUUUUUUCCUUCCAGUGCUAUAGGUGUGUUGCUUGAUGUAUUUAUUUUAAGGACUUUGCUUUUUCCUCUAUGGAUGUUCAGGCCAAUGCAAGCAGAGUACUGUGCUACAUAAUUGGUUUUCUCUUGCAUCUGUUGCUAUGUGUGUGAUAUUAGGGCCAGAUCAUCUGCAAAAUCAAGGUCAUCAAGCUGUUUCCAUAGUGUCACUGGAUACCAUUUCUCGUCUGCUCUGCAGACAUUUUCAUUAUCAAAUCAAUGGUCAGCAGGAAUAGGAAAUGCGAGAGCAGACACCCCUGUCUGACACUGGUCUGUACCCCAAAAGCCGCAGGUGUUUGUUGGUCAUGAACAAUUCUGCAUGACAGACCUUCGUAAGAAGCCUUAAUUAUGUCUGUCAAUUUUUGUGGUACCCCGUAGUGUCUUAGCAGCUUCCACAGAGUCUAUCUGUCUACACUAUCAAAAGCCUUCUCAUAGUCAAUAAAGUUGAUGUAUAGUGGCGAGUUUCACCCCAGGGAUCGUUCCACAAUAAUUCUCAGUGUGGCAAUCCGGUCUGUGCAGGAUCUGUCUUUUCUGAAAUCUGCUUUUUGGUCCCUAAGAUUGGGAUCUAUUGUCUCCCUCAUUCUGUUUAGCAGCAUUCUGUUGUAUACUUUCAUUGGGAUGGACAGCAGGGUUAUACCUCUAUAGUUAGAGCAAAAUCUAAGGUCUCCUUUCUUCAGGAGCUUAAUGAGGUGCCCUUCUUUCCACUCAAUCGUUAUCUGUUCUUCCUCCCAUAUUUUCUUGAAUAGUGUGUGUAGCAUUUCAGUGCUAGUCGUAAUAUCUGCUGUCAAGGCUUCUGCCGGUAUUCUGUCUCGACAUGCCGCCUUGCCUUUCUUUAGUUGUUUAAUUGCUCUGCAUAUCUCUUGUUUUGUGGUUGUGCUGCAAUCUAUUUCUAGAUCUUGAUCCGCUGCCUCUAUGUUUGUUGAGUGUGUGUUGUGGGGCUGGCCGGUUGAGGAGUUCUUCAAAAUGCUCUUUUUCUUUUUCCUAUAUUGAAUUUUUUCUAUGGUUUCAACAGAAAUCCAUUUUUUAUGUGUUUGUUGCCUAGGGCCCAACACUUCUUUGCAGGUAGUCAUGAAUAUCUCUUUGAUGUCUUUCCAAUUUUGGUCAAUUGUUUUCUCAUUGUUUAGUUCUUGUAGGAUUUAGAACAUGUUGGAGAUAGUAAGUUUAAACUCAAUUAAUUUGGAUUCGUCUUUCAAGAGUUUGGUGUGUUAUAGAGAGCUUGUUUACAUCAUAUUUCUCGUGCGUGCCCUCUGAUUGACCCCGCAUGAGACGCUGUGUUCACAAAGGGGUGUGGCUUAGGUCUUUGAAGUAGCUUGUUUACAAUCGGCUUCCAAUUACGCAUUGGGUAGAUUGUUUUCGGGUAAUUUCUGGAAUAUACUCCUUAACCCGAGAUAUGUAAACAACACGUCAUAAGCCCUUCUCGAAGCAUCUUACUCUACAUAUAUAUAAGGGAUUGACAGUUUGUGUGCUCCUACUUAUAUGUGUUUAUUUCGCAUUAUUUAUUGGCAUCAUUAUUUCUAAUUGUAUUAACUGUGUACCGGUACGAGAUCCACCAUACUGUAAGUUGAAGAUUGUAAUUUUAUUUUAUUUUCUUUUGUAAUUAUCUUUAGCCAUAAUAAAUCUUAAUUAAAUUGUAACUAGAAACUGUUUUAGGUCGUAUAUUUAAUAUUGUUGAUUCUGUGGUAUCGUCCUUUGUUAGGCACUGUUUUCAACGAGCCAAUUAAAAUAAAAAUAGGAGAUUAAUUUCUCCCAAUACAAGUCAGUGCGUAACAGGUGUAAAAACGGCGCUUGCUUCCCUCGCUUGUCCAGUUCUUUUUCAGUUUAAGCCUUAAUUUGGCAAUCAGUAGAUGAUGGUCUGAGGCUACAUCUGCCCCCCUUUUGAGCCUAGCAUCUUGGAGCGAUUGUCUAAACUUAUUGCAGAUACAGAAAUGUUCAAUUUGGUUAGCCGUUGACAUAUCUGAUGAUAUCCAUGUCGCCUUAUGGAUAUUUCUAUGCAUGAAGAGGCUCCCUCCGAUGACCAGUCCAUUUAAAGCACAUAGAUCUGCUAGUCUUUCACCAUUUUCAUUCAUCUCUCCCAUGCCGUGUGUUCCCAUGCAUUCUUCAUAGCCUUUAUUGUUGCUGCCUUUUUUGGCAUUUAGGUCCCCAUGAGUCUAACCACAUUGCUCUUAGGACACUUUUAGACAAGGGUUUGCAGUCUGUUGUAGAAGUCCUCUUUGUCCUCUUCUUUACUAUCAUUGGUAGGAGUAUUUACCCGUAGGAUGUCCAUAUUGACUUUUCGUUUUUUAGUCUUAAAUCUUACCGUGAUUAUACGAGGACCCGGUCCUGGAAAGCUUGAGUGCCACUCAUUGGUUGUGCGCCACAUUUUCAUCUUUGUGGCCUGAGAAUAGCAGUAGAUCCCCUGUGCUGGGCUUUAUCUACCUGAGCCUGUCCAUCGAAACUCACUUAUUCCUGAGAUGGCUAGUUUGUAUCUCUGCAUUUCAGCAGAAACUUGGACAGUUUUUCCAGUUUCGAACUUGGUCCUUACAUUCCAUGUUCCUAGACUGGUGGUGGUCCUCGUAGAGAGGAUGUUUGUCUACUGGGUGGUUUCCAGUUGGCUUUGGCCACCCAGCUUCAUUAAUUCUCUGUUAGGAGACCCAUCUUUUCCAAGGGUCUCCGAGCUUCCUUUUGAAAUCUUUGUUUGUGUUUUUUCGCCUAACCCUCUUCCUCUCUCACCCGGGCUUGGGACCGGCUACAGCGGAGUUCAUGCAGAACACCGACCUUUAAAAUAUAUGCCAUUAAAAAAUUUAUUGGUUUUCAAAGUUGAAAUGCUUUAAUUGUAAACUAAUUGGUUUGAUGAAUUUUUGUACAACUUUACAAAGUCUAAACUUUGCCUAGAAGAUUAUUUAUUCCUUAUUCUUUGAAAAUUUAGUUUUGUUAAUGUAAACCUGAAGAAUAAAUGUGUAAGAAAUUGUUGCUUCUUUGCAAUUUUGAUUACUAUUUACAUCCAAAGUGAAUAUUUUUAAACAUAACUUUAUUCAUUUUCUGAUUUUAAAAACAUAAAAAAGUAAAGAAAUGAAUUGAAUUUAUUUUAAAAAUAAAUCAUUUGCAAGAUUUUCAAUGUCAAUUAUCUUGUUAAUAUUUGUUUGAAUUUAUUUUACUUUGUAACAGAUAGACUAUUGGAAUAUUUACCAGUAAAAUACCUUAUUAAUUUUAAUGUAAAGAUAAAGUUCACUGAUAUAUUUUUUAUUUUUUUUUCAUUUAAAUCUGAAUAAUUUUUUUUAAUUGUUAUGUGUGUGGGCAUAAUUUACCUGUGGUUUCAGACAGUUAAGCAAAGUUUGUCUCCCAGUGAAAAAAAAAAUUUAAAAAAAAGAACAUUUUUUUUUCUAAUUGUUACAUUAAAAGAUUUAAGGUAGGACUCAAAAGGGUGGGGGGUGGAGGGGGGCUGGAAUUGUUUGAAAUAAUUUUUUUUCUCCUUGGGAUAUACACAUAAACUCUUGCAACUUUUUAAUUUACAGAAGCGGAUGAAGCGCAAUAUCAAACAGAGGGUUCUCCAACUGGGGUAUGUUACCCUUUGUUAUUGAAUACUGAGAAAAAAACUUUGUACUGCUGAAAUAUUAGAAAUGGAUUAUAUUUUUUUGUUUGUCAUCCUGAUCAAUUUUAUCAUAGAUAUUUAUUUAGCCUUACCAUAAUAUGGCUGAGUGGUCUAAACUGAGCAAAUCUCAAUUCAAUGGUCUGGAGUUCAAUCCCAUUUAAGAGAAGGAAACUCUGAAUUUAAAGCUGGAGAUUGAGUCCCGUUUCGGGAUAAUAUUGGUUCAAUGAAAAAUUCUGACAAUUCCUGCAACACCACUGGUGCCAAGCUGUAUCAUCCUCUAUGAAUACUUGAAUAUAGCACUUGUAUCCAUGCUAUUUUAACAUGCUCACAGCUAAUGGUUGUGCUCACAUGGUGUUCCCUUGGGUUAUUCAGCGAGGAGAGAGGCGAUUUGCUGUUAUCAGCUUAUAAUCCUAAAAGAAUAAUCCCAGGCCUUGUGGAUUUUGUCCUUCGAAGUCUACAACAUUGUCACAUUGUGAUGGCUGGAUGCCAGCAAUCAAAUAGUUAAAAAUAUGAUUUAGCUGACUUAGAUAUUUAACCUUACUUCACUUAAAUUAAAGAGUUAUGAAUAAAAUAAAAGAUUAAAAAUGUUUAAUUUAUUUAAAGUCAUUACAUUUUAAGUUUUUGGCUAUUUAGUUACAGUGCUAAUAAAUAUUGAAUAACCAAAUGUGUGUGUUCAUUUAGUUUCAAUUUUUUUAUUGCCUAAUAUAUUUUUUUUUACACUUUAUAAUACUAGUAAUAACUUGCCCAACAAUGGCAAUGCCUGAACUUCCCAGUUACUUGUGCAAAACAUGCAUUCAAGUAACGCACUUAUAAGAUUCCCAAUUAGUGCUACCCCCACCCACCCGCCCCAGGGACACCACUGCAAACUUUUUUUCACGCCCCUGUGCCAUAUAAUUUACUAAUGUCUUGAAUGCAGAUUUAUUACAUCAUAUUUAAAUUUAGACUAUUUCUGUAUAAAAAAAUUAAAACAUUACCACCAAAUACACUUCCAAUAUUUUUAAGAAUCACAUUAAGCUCAGUUAUCAUGAUUUUUAUUUUGUGCACUAUAUAAUAUGGCUGAGUGGUCUAAACUGAGCAAAUCUCAAGUCAAUGGUCUGGAGUUCAAUCCCAUUUAAGAGAAGGAAACUCUGAUUUUAAACUCCCCAUUUCACCAUGCAUACAUACAUUCAUACCAAGAGAAUUAUUAGUUGUGAUUGAAGCAUGAGCAUUUUAAAAAUUUAAUUUUUUUUUAAAAAGGGACCAGAUUAUGCACAUGUGGCAGAGGUUGAAGGUGAAGUGGAGAAUGACGAACAAGAAGAGUCCUACUUGAAAGCAUCACACAGAUCAACACAACUUGACAUGGACUUAGAUGCUGACCAGUUCAGCUCAAGCCUAUAUGAUAAGGUAGAUUCCAUGCUAUUGCAUAACUUCACAAAUUCAAUUAUUAAAAUUUCAUCUUAACAGCACAUAAAUAAUUUUCUCAAAGAUAUAUUUUAAUUUGUUAUCUUACUUUUAAAUAUUGUAAUAUAGCUACAAUUUGAAUUAUAAAAAUAGUCAACUUUUUAAAAAAUUUCAGCAUAUCUAUGAUGAAAAUAAAAAUGCCC